AUGAGAGUAACACCGUGGAAUCAGUACCAGUUGGUGGACCAAGAGACUGAUCCUGAUAUCCAGCUGGCUACUGGGAAGAACCAGCUUGUCCACGGGUGUGCUUCCUUUGUAUGCUUUGGUCGCGCUACCGCUGGAGUCGAGAGCCCAUCUCAUCUGCCUACUCAGCACCAAGAAGUCUCACAGGGACAUCCUGUCUAUGACGAUGGUAAAGAUCAAGCCUAUUUGGCUGAUCAUCUUGAUGAUGAUGCUAGUAACAUAAGCAGUAUUAGUCUGAAGAGUAGUAUGAAGAAACCUACAAAUAGUUUUCCAGUUUCUGCUGCAAGUGACGGCAGCUUUGGCAAUGGACAAGAUACUUUAUGUGAGAAGAAUAAUGACGUUAUGAGUCAAACGGAGAGGAGGAAAGUGCAGUGGACGGAUACAUCUGGAGGUGAACUCUUUGAGAUCCGGGAAUUUGAUAUGAGCGAAGUUGAAUCGGACGAUGAAUUUGACCAUAGGAAUCGAAAGACUUGUGCAUGCAGGAUAAUUGAUUCAUGUGUUUUGGAAGGCAGCAUUCAAGAUAUAUCUAGUGCAGCUUUUGAAUGUUCGACCUCAGCGAUAGUAGAGGAAAUAUGUGAUCUGCCUGUAAUAUUUGUCAUGGUCCAAGGUACUUCGGCGCAUUAG